AUGCGUGUUUGCGUCUCGUGGCUUGGACAACUGGUGAAGCUCGGUCCGCGAGAGAAGUUUGCGUGGCCCCAUCACAGUGGCAGAUUCAAUACAUUUCGGCUGGAUGAUCAUGUCUGGAUACUGAAAGUUCUCAAACAUGUCGAGGAACUACACGUUUGGGACCGACUCCACGAAAGUAUCGAUCUUGCCGCCACCAAAGGGAUCAUGAAAGAACCCGAAAUAAUGGUAGAAAGACGGCAUAUCGGCCGACUGGAGAAGAAGUUUACCUUUAGUCGUGUCCGAGACGAGGUGCUAAGGCGUUUCACUGCUGGAUCCGACGAGCAAAAGUCCGGACACAUGUUGGCCUUAACUCGAUCACCACGAGAGACUAGAUUCCUCCUUCACGCGCGAGAUACUAGUCUGUUCUACGGCAUUGAUUUUGCCACCACGUCUUUCCACGAGAUGUGGCAACGCACCAUUGAAGCUCAAGCUCACUAUACCGAUAACAACAACGUCAACUGGAACAAAACACUUCGCUAUGGCCUUGCUAUACUCAUGGUUAUUUACGUCGAUGGACAGUUCAAACGCCAAUUUUGCUUCAAACCUUCCAUUACGACUGGGGCUCCUUCUGGCAUGAAAGAACCUGAAAUAUCGGAGGCGGAACAAAAGCCGAUGCAGGUUGGGAAGACAGGAAAAGCCCUCUCAUUGGGAAGGACCGUACCUUUCAAAGAGGACAACGACAACGACAACGACAACGACAACGACAACGACAUAUUGGACAAAGGUGAAAGCAAAGAUUACACCCAAGAAGAGUGGAUGUAUGAUUUCCCUUCUUUCAUGAUGACGAAACUCGACUUCACGGGUGAUAUCGAUUGCGGCGUCACUGGCGUAUUCGAAGGGUCGAAAAAGAGUGAACGAAGAAGGCUGGCAAUAUGCGCCAACAACCACUCGUUGUGGAAGGCUCUGCGAAAACCGCGCAUGCCCAAACUCUCAAACAAGCGUAUGAUUACCAUGAUGAAGGCUGACAUGCAGGUAGCCAUCUUAUGCUAUCUUGCCAGCUACGGCACCUACAAGCUCAAUGUGUCCCUGUUCUUCGAUCGCCACGCUAGCUACGAGUCCUAUUUCUAUGACGAGGUCGCUAUUCUUGCCAACACAUAG